UUUCUACCACUUAGAAGACAUUCAAGAGACAUAAGACACAUUGAUACGUGAAAGGUCUCGGAUUGUUAAUAGCAAAAAUUCACUGGGACCAUUCUAGUUUAGAUUCAUUUUUGGGCAAUUUUUGUUUUUUAUCAUCCUUUUGUUAUUUUAUAUUUAUUAAUUGAAUAAAAUAUUUAAGCACAAAGUGCAAUUAGUAAUAAUAUAACAAAAAAUAAAAAAAAAUGGACUUCUUAAAGCCUUCAACAGUCUUGGACUUGGCUAAUAUUCGAGAUGCAUUAGUCAGAAUGGAAGAUACAAUUGUUUUCAAUUUAAUUGAAAGAUCUCAAUUUUACUCAUCACCAUCGGUUUAUGAACCCAAUAAAUUCAAGAUUCCUAAUUUUAAAGGAAGUUUCUUAGAUUAUACAUUAUUAAAAACAGAGAUCACUCACUCAGAAUUACGAAGAUACGAGGCGCCAGACGAAUUGUCAUUUUUCAAAAAGGAAUUGCCCAAACCUCUAUUGCCACCAAUUAAUUAUCCAAAGAUUUUAACAUCGUAUUCAAAGGAAAUUAAUGUCAACAAUGAAAUUAAAGAGUACUAUGUCAACAAGAUAGUGCCAGUUAUCAGUGCUAGAAAAGGAGAGCAAUUGGAAAAUUUGGGCAGCUGCACAUUAUGCGAUAUUGACUGUUUGCAAUCUAUUUCGAGAAGAAUCCACUUUGGUAGGUUUGUCGCCGAAGCGAAGUUCCAGCAAGAGACUGAGCGAUUCAAGAAGUUGAUUUUGGAUAAGGACAUUACUGGGUUGAACGAAGCCAUCACCAACCAGGCUGUAGAAGACAAAAUCUUGGUGAGAUUGAUUGAGAAGGGAAAGGCGUAUGGAACAGAUCCCACGUUGAAAUACUCGCAGAACAUUCAAAGCAAAGUUCGUCCUAAGCUGCUCGCCCAGAUCUAUAAGGACUGGAUUAUUCCUCUCACCAAACAAGUUGAGAUCGACUAUCUCCUUCGAAGACUCGAGGAACCAGACACCUUUGAGACAGAAUCUGCUGAAGAAGGAGACGACUCUGCUGCCUAGAGACAGCACGACCCGUAGGUCUGGCUCUGUUGUUACAUGGUUGUGCGUACAUGUACAUGAACACGCACACACGCACGGCUGCUCACCUCAGCUCUGUCGCCGCCUCCAGCAAUAAAUGUUCUGAAUCCAACCGCCAUAUCGCUGUGAGAAGUU